AUGAUUCUCACAUUGUGGUAUAUUUUCUGUUGGGUAACUAUUAUUGCCAGCAUAUUUUUGCUGGUGCUGGAGGCAGUCUGGUCGACCCUGAGGAGACUCGCAGUCAAUUCAACUACAGCGACCCAUGAGAUCGCACGCCUUGGCAAGCACCAUCCUCUGGGUCGAGUGCAUGGCAAUGCAGUAGUGGCUGGAGGAAGUAUGGCGGGUUUAGCAACUGCUGUUGUAUGCAGCAAAUUCUUCGAACGAGUGAUCGUCAUCGAACCCGACUCAAUGAAUGAGCACAAGCGUACUCGGGUCGCACAAGCUGAGCAAAUUCAUGGUCUACAAGCUGUGGCACUACAGGUUCUCCGAGGCAUAAUUCCUGGUUUCGAUAGUCGGCUAUACAAACACGGAGGGCGCGUUCUUGAAUCCAAUGGUCAACUACAACUUGGACCAACCAAUAUUAGCUUCAAGCCCGGUAGUCUUCCGGAUACGUUAUUUAUUUCGAGGCUCUCCCUGGAGAAAUUGCUUCGGGAGUACGUUCGAAGUAUUCCAACUAUUGAGAUUGUGCAAGGGUCUGUGACUAGAAUAACACCGGAUGUUACAAGGCAGCGCAUCGAGUGUGUCACGGUGCAAGCAAAAGGCUGUAGCUCCGAAACUCUCGAGUUCGAUGCAGCAAUGUUUGCCGACUGUACUGGCCCAGCAACGAUAGGGUUAAGGUUACUCGAGAAGACCCAGAAUGCUGGGUGGGGCCCAUAUCCAAAGACUUCAUAUGAUCCUAAAAUCAGCUACGCAACCGCAUUAAUACCAGUUCCGGGUAGACUCAAGGAUAUACUGCCUAUAUUUACUCGACAUCUUGACGAGUAUUCAACCUUUUCCAAGCUUGGGUAUGUCAAGAGCAUUGUACCCCACCCUGAACAAGACGAUCGAAUUGUAUGCAUGGUUCGCUCUGAUGAGGAUCAUUUGAUGUGCGGAGUAGGUGGUUGGAACUUGUCGCUCGAAGCGAGGCCACGAUCGUUCGGCGAUUACAUCCAACAAGUAGAUUCGAUCUGGCAGAAUGCAUCUGACGGCAAGUCGGCUGAAGGAGACGCGAGUCGGAUUGCUGUUAUGGAUACCCUCCGGGCUAUCGAGGUCGCAUUGGGUGAGGAUGGGAUCAUCCCAGAAUUCAAAUAUUGCAAGAUGGGUUCUUGCUACAAGAUUGAUUACACAAGCGCACCAAAGCCCUCCAACUUUGUAACAAUCGGCGACAGUUUCCUCCGUGUAAAUCCCACUUUCGGCCAAGGUAUCAGCAAAGCCUUAGUUGAUGUCGCCACACUUAAUGGGGUAAUACUGGACACUACUUUGGUGCCAAGCUCAUCGACGGGGAUGCCCGGGUGGGGUUUGCCAGCAACUUUCUCCAAUGAGAUGUUCGCUCGGCAGAUUCCUCGAGUAAUGCACAUGUGGGAUUCAACCAAAGGCUCGGACUAUGGAAGAAGGGGUACCGAGCUUGUCGAAGGCGAGACUCCCGAUAUUGGGGAAUUUGGAAGGAACUAUUGGAGGCGCGUGAUUCAGGUAGCAAAUAAAGACAAGAACGCAGCAGCCGAUAUCAUUAGGUCUUUGCAGCUGAUUGCACCACCGUUGGAUCUCCUGAGACCUAAUGCUGGCAUGGCUAUUCUCAUCGGAGAACGAGCGCAUCUCAUCGAAUUUCCGUCUUUAUUGUUACCUCCAGGGGUAACGUCAGGCUCGAUCGUCAAUAUAUCGGUUAACCGAAACGUCGCCGAGGAAAAGAGACAACAGAAAGAAUUCUGGGAGCUACAGGAUUCCAUAUUGGAGACAUUUGGACAAGUCGCUCCUGAGCCCCCAGUAGUUGAGGCUCGUCGUAAGGUUCGAAACGUGACACAAACUUCGGUUACUCUGGAAUGGCCUUUGAUCAAACUCGCCACUGCCAAGCUGCGCUCACUGGACAUCUAUCGCAACGGCCAGAGAUUAGCGACUAUACCUUCUCCAACCACCAAUACAUCGACAAAAUUGUCGGGCCUUGAUGUCAACACAGAAUAUACUUUCCAGCUCGUCUUGCGCACCACUGCUGGAACCUAUCCAUCUAAUGUAAUUCGACUUCGGACGCACACGAUUACCGAUACUUCGGGAAUCUCGGUCUGCUUUGGUACCGUUCAAGAUACAGUCAUGCUGGAACAAGCCAAGCUAGUUCUCAGAGAAAUGCGGGCCAAAUGGAGUGAUAAAAUUCAGAUUGACACCACACAUUUUGUAUGCACAACACCUGCCGCGGCGCCUUCCAGUGGCCAAGCGACGGGAGGACCCAGUGUAGAAUACCAGAAGGCACUUCAGAUGAGCAUACCGGUCGUCCAACCUCAUUGGAUCCUCGCGUGUCAUGCAGAGAAAAAAAUGGUACCAAUAUCUGGCUAUUACCUCGGAGCUACCCCAUCCACACCAAUGAAUGCCCCACCUUUCACUCGCACAGGCUCACAGGCGCCCCAAGGCCGAGAUUCGCUUACAUCACCCAAGACCACAUCGCCCUCAACUACCACAGGCGGCCCUGAUCACGUGCCUAGCCCAGAGACACGAGCACGACAAAACGAUGCUGGGGAUUCGGUUGACGACGAAAUGCCUCAGGUACCAACUAUCAAGGUUGAAUCCCAUGACGAUAAGCUAGGUGACGAGGAAUUAGAAAGGGCACGACAGGCGCCAGUAGGUUCGGAGCCCCGGUCUCGUAGCGGUACUAUGAAAAGCGAUUUCAAGUUCCCACCUCCCACACCACCACCUGUUCCUCAAAUCAUAGUAGGAGAUCACGAUGAUGAUCAGUCUCGAGAGCCAAAGGCGGAGCGAGAGGUGAAGGAGGAACAGCCUCCUGUCCCAAGCAAGGAAAGGGAAAAUACGGACGAUGAUGUCGGGGAAAUGGUCGAGGUCGGAUUGAAUUAA